AUGGACGGGGGCGCCGACCUGCUCUUCGUAGACCAGGCUGCCAGCGCUCUCGGCGCCAAGGCCGCCGUCGCAGCCGCCGACGCAUGUGCCCUCAGGCUGAAGAGGCAGCGGCUCCCCGUGAUCGUCUGCGCCUCCACCGGGGACGGCGGGGCGCUGCCCUCGGGCGGCUCGCUCGCCGCCUUUGCUGUUGCGCUCAGGCACGCGCGGCCCCUGGCGCUCGGCGCGGCGGGUGCGCCGGGGCACCUCGAGGCGCUGCCGGACGUCGCGCGCGGCUGGUGCGCGGCGGUGUUGGGCAGCGCUGCCAUGGCUGCGGACGCCUCCGCGCUGGCGGCCAGAGGUCUGUUGAACUUUGUCGGCGGGGGCGCGGACACCUCGGCCGCAGAUCUCGCUGCGCUGGUGGGAGCGCUGCGCACCGCGCCGCCGCGGAAGCCGCAGGCCCCUGCCGAGUCCAGCCUGCAGCUGUCUGGCCUGACGGGGGGCCCGACGCCGUGCGACGCGGAUUUCCGAGUCAUCGGCCAGCAGUGUGCGUCUAUGGGCAGCGCCAAGUUCAAGGCGCUCGUCGACACCCUCAAGACCUCACUCUCUGGCGCCCUUUCGGGGGCCAGUUUCGGGUCUGCCGUCGACUUGUGCGCCCAGCAGGCGGACCGUGGUGCCGACAUCAUCGACGUCAACCUCGAUGCGGACGUCGAGGACCCGUCCCUUGCCGCCAAGGGUGCCCUGAUGGCCAAAUUUGUCUCCGCGUGCUCGAGCCACCCAAGUCUCCGCGGCUUGCCACUGUCGAUCACCUCCUCCAAUUUAGAGGUGAUCCUAGCGGGUCUGCAGAGCGCCCCCGGGAAGUGUAUCGCGAACGGGCUUUCCUUGCUGUCUGGAGAAGAGAAGUUCGUCUUGGCGGCCAGAGAGUGCCAGAGGCAUGGCGCGGCCGUUGUCGUCUUCUCGAUCGACGAGGGGGGUCUCCCGGAGAGCCGCGAAGGCAGGGUCCGCGCCUGCCAGCGCAGCUAUCAUCUCCUGCGCUCGAGGCUGGGGUUUCCCGCAGAGGACAUCAUCUUCGACUGCUGCCUGGGCGCCACCACCGCGCUGGAUAUCGGCAAGGCGUCGGCCGACUUCAUCAGCGCAGUGGGAGAGGUGAAGAGCACGUGCCCGGGCGUGUCGUGCGUUGCGGGCCUGGGCAACUUGUCGUUGCCGUUCCGUGGUCUCAGCAUGAUACGUGACGCGAUUCACGCCGUGUUUUUGCGGCAAGCUAUCCCCAGAGGGGUCAACCUGGCAUUCGCGGAGCCGGGAUGUCUGCCUCGGUGCGCAGACAUCGACCCAGAGGUGCGAACGCUCUGCGAGGAGGUGGUGCUCAACAGAUCCGCCGACGGCAAGCACGCGGAGCGCCUGCUGGCCUACGUCAACGUCCACAGCGGCACCACGGUGCGCCUGGCCCUGACGAGCAGCUCUCCGCCGGCCUCCGCGGGACUUCUGCCGCGGGCCCCGAGCCAGCCCGCGGCGGCGCUCCUGGCGCGGCGGGGGCGCUCCACGCCUGCCGAGCAGAAGGCGCACCUGCUCUCCUUGUGCCCGCAAGCUGCCCGCUCCACUGGGCGGGUGGCGCGGGCGCCGCGGGGCAGCUGCUGGCUGGUGGGCCAGAGGUGCAACGCAGGUGGCUCGGCGACCCUCCGGGUGCUCGCGGAGGCGUGCCAGGCGACGAGUGGCGCGCGCAAGUGGGAGCCCGUGCUCGAGCUGUGCGCGCAGCAGCUCGAGAGGGCCGACGCCCUCGACCUGAACUUCGACGGGUGCCCGCUGGAGGGGCCGGCCGCCAUGGGCGAGUUCGUCCGCCUGUGUGUCCAGGACCCGAGGCUAGCGAGCGCGCCCCUCGUGAUCAGCUCAGGCUCGUGGCCCGUCAUCGAGGAGGGGCUGAAGCACGCGCAGGGCAAGGGCAUCGCGAACGCGCUGUCGCUGGCUUCUGGGGAGCAGGAGUUCCUGCAGAUGGCGAGCACGUGCAAGAGGUACGGGGCCGCAGUCGUGGUCCUGCCGGUGGAGCGGCAGGAGCGCGCCGCGUCGCCCGAGGACAGGGUGCGCGCCUGCCGCAGGAGCUUCGCGCUCCUGCGGGAGCGCCUCGGCUUCCCCGCGGAGGACAUCAUCUUCGACUGCGGGCUGCUCCCCCUGAGGGACGCCGAGGACGCCUCGCAGAUCAGGGGCUGCCUCGACGCGAUGGAGGAGCUGAGGACCGCGUGCCCAGCCGUGUCCUUCGUGGCGGGCGUGGGCAACCUGUCCCUGCCCUUCCGCGGCGUGGGAAUGCUCCGGGACGCGCUGCACAGCGUCUUCCUGCACCACGCGGUGCCGCGCGGCCUCAACAUGGCGAUCGUCGACGCCGGUCGCCUGCCGCGCCACGGCGACAUCGAGGCCCCCACCCUGCAGCUGUGCGAGGAGGCGGUGCUCGGCCAGCGGGCGCCCGCCAGGCUCUUCGCCCUCGCGGAGUCCCUGGCCCCGCCGGCCCCGGAGCAGCAGCCCGCCGCGGGCACCGAAGCGGCCGCUCGGGCGGAGGAGCAGCACGGCGCCGAGGAGGGAGCCUGCGCCAGGCCCGCCCAGCCCUGCGGCAGGGUCGCGCGGCGCUUCCGCCCCGGGACGGCGGUCACCGACCUCGUCCAGGCCACGGGCACCCUCGACGGGUCCAUCUUCGGCCUCUUCGGCAGCAAGGCCCAUGCGGCCCUGAGGCUUCACAGCUACGCACAUGGCAGCCGCCUCAACCGCGUGGUCUACUUCUCCUCCAUCUCCGUGUGGAUGGGCCAGGGCGGGUCGGGGCCGACCGUGGGCGCGAGCGCGAUCCUGGACGGGCUCGCGCUCUGGCAGAGGCAGCAGCAGCUCGGCACCUCGGCCUCCACCGUGCUCUGGGGCGCCAUCGGCCAGAUCGGGCUCCGGCUCGCCGUCUACGGCGACAGGGACGUCAUGGCGCUGUACGACCUCGGGCAGAGGCUGAUUGGCCCAGAGGACACGCAGUUCCUGGAGCGGCAGCUCCUCACCUGCUGCGACGUCCCCGAGCACGUCAGCCUCGCUUACCUCGACGAGACCUGGCAGGACACGCUGUCGGGCGCCGCCUCGGGCGGCGGCCUGGAGCGCGGGCUGGAGCGCAGGACCUUCGCGGACCUCUGA